AUGACCGACCGCAAUGAGAACCUGCUAUUGAAAUCAACAACGGAUCGAUCGAACACGGUGCAGCAAGCGCCGUACAAAACUGCCUGCAACUGGAACAACAACAACGACAUUCGCACAGGCAACGGCACGACGAAUGUGAUCAGAAGAGAUUCGAAUUAUUAUCCACCAUCGAGCAAUCAUCAGAGAGACAGGACGAAUUCGAACUACCACCUGCCAAGGAAGGCGCCGAUCGUUGGCUGGCAAAAUGGCAGCCCGACGGUGUUCCCAAGCACCCCGUGUGGGACACCAGACCCGGAAAUGCUCGACGCGAUUAAUUUCUCGCGUUCGUACAGCGUCGCCUCGUCCACCAAGUGUUCGGAGAUCGGCGCGGCUUCCUCCGGGAACACGGAGGACCUCAGCAGCUUGGCGGACGAGAGGCUGUUGCAGUCGACGCCGGCCCACACCAUCGAUCGAAGCCUGGAGUCACUGUCACCGGACAGAGACACCUUCUUGACUACGUCGCCCGAGUUCGGCAGAAGCAAGGACCUAAGUCUGCCGGACGAUAUAGAGGACAAGCUCGACCUGCUGAGCCCCGGCACCGAUUGCACGGAGGACAGAAUACCGCCUACGCCUGUUUGCAACAGUUACCUGACCUCGCCGAAUCUCACGGUAGGGCCCAACCCUACCGGUAGAACCGAGUUGAUAAUAACCGUCCCGUUGUCCGCCGAGCUGCGACCGUUCGGGAGAAACGGGGAACCUAAGAAUUGCAAGUACUCGGAGUCGCGACCGAUAAUCACCGCUAAUCCUGGCUACAGGGACGACGACACGAAGGACUCGAUCGACUCGGACAGCGCGUCGGACGACGAGUUAACUAGUAGCACAGAGAAGGGAAAACGGAAACCGAAAGUGCCAGAUGGCGGAUGGGGCUGGGUGGUUGUAUUGGCUUCCUUGGUCAUUUCCAUGAUAGCCGACGGGGUGUCCUUCAGUUUCGGUCUUUUGUACAUCGAGUUCCUCCACGAGUUCGGCGCGUCCAAGUCGAAAACAGCUUGGAUCGGCUCCCUGUUCAUGGCCGUGCCGCUUCUCUCCGGCCCCAUCAUGUCAGCGUUGGUGGACCGUUACGGAUGCCGAAGCAUGACCAUCGUUGGCGGCCUGAUCUCCGGGACGGGGUUCGUGUUGAGCUCGUUCGGCAACUCCAUCGAGGUAAUGUAUUUGACUUUCGGAGUCAUCGCUGGUCUCGGUCUGGGUCUCUGCUACGUCACUGCGGUCGUGAGCAUCGCGUACUGGUUCGACAAGAAGCGGAACCUGGCCGUGGGCUUGGGCGCCUGCGGCACCGGGAUCGGCACGUUCGUGUACGCGCCGAUGACCACGUACUUCAUCGAGGAAUACGGCUGGAGAGGCACUUGCCUGCUCCUGGCGGGCACCUUCUUCAACAUGAUCGUUUGCGGCACGGUUAUGCGCGAUCCUGAAUGGUGGAUCAUAGAGCAGGAGAAGCAGAACGGCGCGACACCGAGGAAGUCGACGACCAAGUCCGAGUGCGACAGGUCCAGCGUCAGCCCUGUCGACGAAUUCCCUGGGAUCGACGAAUUGAGAAGGAUGCUGAAGAGCGGGCACACACCGGAGUAUCUGUUGCAGAUCCUCAGCACCACCACGGAGGACCCGCAGGCGGCCAACGGGGACGUCAAGUUCAGGAGCGUGGUUAAUCUACCUACUUUUGUCAAACACAAUGAAAAGGUGCCUGUGGAAGUAUUAGAAUCGCUCUCGAGUAACCCGAGGUUGUACAAGGUCAUUUUGGAGAACUAUCCCAAUCUUUUAUCAUGCAGAAGUUGUUCGGAUAAAAUGUUACAAGAUUCCACUGCAGAAGUCGGCAACAAGAGCGUCGUCACAAUGUCAAUGAGGAUCAAACAAGCACCUGACGAACCGAAACACGACAAUCCCCAUGCAACGAAUAAUAUUCAUUCGGGAUCCGCGUGCAACACUGUCAAAAAUCACAUAGCUAAAAAGUUAUCGAAAAAGGACUCGGAAGAAGUUAAUCCCCUAUUGGCGAAAGAACUUGAGCACACAAUGAACGAAGGAAGAAAAUCAAAAUCAGUUUCCAAGCAACGUAUCGGAGAACUUAAUUGCAGAGUGGUCAGAACGGAUUCUCUGCCGUGGUUAAGAAGACAGUUUAACACGAAUACUCACUACUUCAAAGAUAUCAGAGUUCACAGGAAUUCGGUCAUGUAUCGCGGUGCUGCCCUUAAUUUACACAAAUACAGAUUAAGGGCCAGUAGUUGUCCCGACAUUUAUAGGAAUAGCAUGACUACCUUGGCGAAAGAAAACGAAGAGGUA